UCUUGUCUUGAUUGACUUGAUUUGACGUUUGAGUCAGCUGAAAAGGCAGAAAAGUGUUAAUUACUUUUAUUAAUCUCAAACAAAAUUGCAGUUUUAUUUGUUGUGGAAGGGUGCGUUAAUAACUGAGUAUCAGUUACGCGAGCACUUUAAUGUAGAAUCACGUUUAACGUCGUAAAUACCGUACGCGAAGAGAAUUCCAUUGUUUGGAUGUUUAGUUUUUUUUGGUGUUAGAUUUGUAGAAUUUGAGCGAUGUUUGGUAGGCCGAGGUGUAGGGAAUGGACACCUCUUGCAACGCAGCAACUUCGUUUGAGGAGCCUUAUUCAGAUUGUCGGUUACAACAUUCGUCCACCAGAGGGAUGCACUGCCCAAUGCAGCUUCUAUCUCACCUUGCAUCACACAACCAUGUCAGCACCGUUCUAUACGAGUGAGAGGAUAUCGUCUCCACACCCUAAGUGGAAGGAAAUAGACUCAGAACUAACCCACCGCAUGUCAUCAACGAACGUCGUCAUCAGGAUAUGGUGUCACACCAUGCCCCCUAGCGACCAGACCGAGCCUACCCAAGACACCGUAAUACAAACAUGGGGGGUCUACUUCACGGGUCUAAGGUAUAUAGGAGCAAAUCUAGCUCUAAACUUUACCUCAGACUGCUUCAAAAGCAACACACUAGUGUUCCAAAUGCACGGAGGAUAUUUCUGCUCGUACAAAAGUCUCAAACUCGAUAUAAUACCUCCGGAAAAUGAAUUGGAACAUGGCUCGUUGUCAUCAGAUUCUUCAGGCAAAACGAAUCUGUCCCGCGUGACGCUAGAAUCCAAGUUCAUACAAAACCAUAAAUAUCUGAAGGAAUCAAGGUCGGUGUCGCCGAGCAAAUUCUCCAAACGGUACGAAAAGGAGUAUUCUAAAAGCAACAGCCCAGUUGAAAGAACUUUCAAGCAGAAUUUUCCGGCGAUAAGAAACUCUGCCAGUAUGAACAUAGGUUCAAGCCAGCGGGUUGAUAGAUGCAGAGAUGGUAAUGAGGCAAAAAAAGUCGAUCCGAACUACAUUUACGAGCAUUCUCCAGAAAAUUUAGAUGUCAAGGAAAUGACUAAUGGUUUUUCUAAAAACGCGUCAGCAGAAGAAUUAGCGGGCAGUAACAUCGACUUGAGUGAGACCGCUGAGAAUUACGAUUUAAGGAACGAAAUGGAUGGGGCACCCAAAUACAGAUAUUUGGCUUUAAAUUUCCUAAAAUCUGAGAUACGGCCGAGUUACAACGCAACAAAGCUGCAAAAGUUGCAUUUGCUACAGUAUUCUAUAAAGAAAAGGCAAGAGGCGGUUCAGGAAAUUAAGGAAAGAAUAUACCAGAAGUCUGCGGUGACCAAUGACAGUUGGUCUCAGCCCGAUGAGUCGGAGAUUAGAUUAAGAUACAAGAGCAGGUCUCAAAAGAACCUCUUUUCGCCUGAUGAUGAAGGCUUGGACAAACAGAAGUCGUCGUCUCAGAGUGACUUGACGGUCAAAAAUGGUAGGAUUAAGGAGGAGAAACCUCCAGUCUCUAAUGGACCAAGAUUAGCGUUAAAAUUGAAUGAUCUCCUGUCUUUUAAGUCAAAACCCUCGCCUUUCCAAAGGUCAGAGCAUAUAAGACUAACAAAACAAUUAGAAAUAUUAAGGUUUAAGCGAAUAAUACUCUCGGAUGAAAGGGACAGCAAGCUGGCCAACAUUAGAAGACUGAAAGAGAUACGUGCUAAGCUGUUUGAGGAGAACCAAGACAUAGGGUCAGAACUGAUGGAAGACUACCACACAUUAUCCCGUCGGACUGAAACAGUGAAAGACAAGAAGCAAUCCUGUGCCGCGCUAAGGGAAUUAGCGGCGCGGUCGCACGCUGCGUUGGCCAGUUUACGCUGCGAACUGCUGACACAGUUACAUCAGAUAUUCUAUAUCGAGCAGAAAGACCAAACAACCUGGACCAUAAUAGGCGUCCCGCUGCCCAUCUGUGGGGACGAAAGCCCACGCGCCCACAGCGCCGUCAGCGACUCAGUAGCGGCCGGGUUCGCGGCACAAGCAGUCUGUCUAGCGGCCGCCGCGCUGAACCAGCCGCUACGGUACAAGGUCACGCUUCUGGGCUCGGCUAGCAAGAUACUGGACGUCACGCCUGACCUGCCCGACCCCAAUAUACCCCUAUUCGCCCGGGGCGGGGACUCGACUCUGUUCCUCUACGCGAUGUUUCUACUCAACAAAUGCAUCGCUCAACUUCUAUGGGGCCGCGGAAUGCACGUCUCAGAUCUAAGACCGACUCUGGCCAAUCUACAGAAACUUCUCACUACGCCGAGUAACUUCGCCGACACUUCGAAACUAUUCGGCACGUAUCGCUGGCUGGCCGACAAUCAGUGUCCACGGACCCAAUCGCUAAGGAGUCUUGUGGCUACCGAUAGAGGGAAGUUCCGGCAGUUCAACAGGUUUAAGGACGCGGUCGACGGGCAAGCGCCUCAAGUGGCUCUGAAGAGGCACCGGCACUCGCGGAGCGUCGGCAGCUACCAUGAUGAUCAGGAGUCGCCAAAUCUGGAUGCGUCGACCACAUCGAUCAUGGGCAGUGAGCCCAACAUUUACAACAUGAAGCUAACCCAAGCCAACAGCGCUGAUAUGCCACCUUCCCUCCUCAAAACUCACAACUCCGACUCCGAAAUACCAACACACAUAGAAGAAAAACCCUCGGAAACCUCCGAAGAAAACAAAUUCAUAUUCACAUUGGGAGAAGACACAAAAUUAAUCAACCUACAAUCAGAAAAGCUGGUCAGAAUAUCAAGCAACAAUGGCGACGAAGUUUGUGAGACGUGCCACGAUGAAAGUGUCAAAAGGAUAUGCUCAGAAAUUGAAAACUUUUGCAGUACAAGUGGUAUAAGAGAUAUUCACGAGGGCUUCGAUGUGGCGAAACAUAUGGAGACCAUAAACGACAAUAUGGUCAAAUACGUUGAAGGAAAAAGUGAAACAGAAACUGUAGCGUGCGAUACGUGCGAGAACCAAGACGUGUGUGACGUUGUGUGUGCCAAAAACGUGACAGAUGUCAUUGUCAUACCGAGCGCGGAAGCCAUCUUGGAUACGGGUCAAUUGACAGUUGAACAAGAUGGCGACGAGAAAUAAUAUUCGGGAAGAAAUAGUGUUAUAUCAGAAAUUGGAUCGAAGACAAUAUCAAUUACACUUUUAAUUAUAAAAAAUGAAAUUUCUGAUAUAAAACUAUGCUGAGUAAAGACUUCUAAAAUUCUAAUAUUGCAAUUUGUAUAAAACAAUGUUGAUACAACGAUUUUAUGAUUUGUAAUUAUUACAUAAUAAUGAUUACAUAAUAAUCCUUAAUUAUUGUUGACGGUUAGGGUGUAAAAUCUUGUAUCUUGAAUAAUCAAUAUUAAAUUAAUUAAUUUUCCCUAUUCCGAUUCGAAUAAGUCCUCAAAAAUACUGCUAUCGUCAUGUUUAAUUGAAUUUUUUCUUACUUAUUCACAUAAGUCAUGAAUAAAAGUUCAAAUCGAUAAUAUAAAUAACGUCCAUCAAGAAAAAAUACAUGCCCCGUUAGUACAAAAGAGGCAACAUUUCACUGUUUUUACUUGAUUUUCAACCAUAAACUAAGGACCAGUGUUGGCACUAAUCAAUUAAUUUUUUAAUCAAUUAAUUAAUUUGAUUAAUUUUAAUCAUGAUUAAAUUAAUCCUGAUUAAAAUAAUCAUGAUUAAAAAAGUAAUCAUAAUCAUGAUUAAUUUGUUAAUCAUUAAUCAAUAAUCAUUAAUUUGAUUAACUUGAUUAACUUCUUAAAUGUUCUAUCGAAAACAAUGUUAAAACAUUGAAUUCUAAUAUUAGACGUUUGGUUUUAGGCUACAAUUCUAUGACAGGUCAUACCUAGAUAAAUAUAAGGUAACCUAGACUGCCCCCCGCCCCCUUCCCUCGCUGAAACUUCCGGUGCAGUCUUCCGACCUCCCGUAGGAGGAUAUCAGUCCACUUCCCCUACCGUUCCAGCACUUACUUGCAACCCCACACUCCCACCACCUGCCCCCACCCCUAGCCUCCCCUGAAACUUCUGGUACGAACUCUCCUGCACCUCCCCAACACGCAAAACCUCCUAGCUUAGCAACCCCACCCUUCUAUUGAAUUGCCCACGCGUGGGCCUCCCCCGAAACUUCUGUUACGAACUCUCCUGCACCUCCCCAACACGCAAAACCUCCUAGUUUAGCAACCCCACCCUUCUAUUGAAUUGCCCACGCGUGGGCUUCUCCCCGAAACUUCUGGUACGAAGUCUCCUGCACCUCCCCAACACGCAAAACUUCCUAGCUUAGCAACCCCACCCUUCUAUUGAAUUGCCCACGCGUGGCCCUCCCCCCGAAACUUCUGGUACGAACUCUCCUGCACCUCCCCAACACGCAAAACCUCCUAGCUUAGCAACCCCACCCUUCUAUUGAAUUGCCCACGCGUGGGCCUCCCCCCGAAACUUCUGUUACGAACUCUCCUGCACCUCCCCAACACGCAAAACCUCCUAGCUUAGCAACCCCACCCUUCUAUUGAAUUGCCCACGCGUGGGCCUCCCCCCGAAACUUCUGUUACGAACUCUCCUGCACCUCCCCAACACACAAAACGUCCUAGUUUAGCAACCCCACCUUUCCGUUGAAUUGCCCACGCUUGCGCCUACCUUGGGAGGGGGGGGGGGGGGACUUCUCCCCUAUCGUCAGCCAGUCCGCUUAACUUCUAUCCUGACCCAAUUUUGCUGGAGGAUACCGGAAGAAUAGAAGGAAUUGUGAGAAACAAAACUAGUGCGAUAAGUGUUUUGGUAGUGAAAAUUGACGCAGUUUUUUGGGGAAAACGACAGUACAACUCCAGAUCCCCCCUUUGCUAGAUAUUUUAUAAGUCGCGGGUACCUUUUCAUACACUCCCAACCCUUUUCUUAUGAAAAUAGUAGAUAGUUAAUCAAAUAAUCAAAUUAACGAUUAAUGAUUAUGAUUAAUUAAUCUUAAUCAAAAUUUUUGAUUAAUGAUUAACUAAUCAUAAUCAAAAAAAUUUGAUUAUGAUUUUAAUCAUUAAUUUUUAAUCAUUAAUCAGAUUAACUUUUUGCCAACACUGCUAAGGACAUAAAGGACUCAAGCUAACUGGCGAUUCUACAAAGAACUGUCAGUGUCAACUUAACGUUUUAAAACAGCUAGCCCUGCACGUAUUUAUCUUGAUGGGUUAAGACAUUUUUUCGCAGUUACACGCAUUGUAAAUACUGUGAUUUUUCAUAUUAUUAUUCUUAUUAUGUAGAGACAUCGUAUUAUUAAGUUUCGCCACUUCGUUUGGGUCAAUUUCAAUCAUAUUUUAAACAAUUAUUUGAAAAUUCAUUAUUAUUAUUGACAACAUAGCAAACGCUAAUUUAUUAUUAUAGUCUGGUCGCCGAGACGUAGAAUUUUGUCCAACGACCCCAAGCUACCCAUCCUUAUCGCUCGCGCGUAAUUAUAUUGCUGUCGCGACUGUGCGACGGGCGCCCGCAGUGAGUGUGCGAGCGCAACAGCGUCAUAAUUACGCGCGAGCGAUAAGGAUGGGUAGCUUGGGGUCAUUGGACAAAAUUCUACGUGCUCGGAGACCGGGCUUUAGAUAAAACAUCAAUAAUACGCAUCUAUGAUGAAUAUUAUUAUAGUGAAUUCAAAUGUCACUCUUCUUUAAAUGCCAAUACCGUACUAGCAUUAUUAUCAGAUUUUGUGUUUGUUUCAUAUAAGAAAGAGAUGGCCAUACUUUCAAUAUCCCUUUUAAUGCAAGUAUGACACUGCUUUUCUCUUGAUUUUUGUAUGGUCAGAAAAAUAUUGUAAUGCUUUAUAGUUCCUUAAUUAUUAUUAAAAUUAUUUCGACUAAGUAGGUUUGUUGGUGACAUACGCCAUAUAAAUCACUGUAUUUCAAUAUCACAGCUUAUUUUUCAAAGUUAUUUAUACCAAAUUUGCACAUUUUUUCGUUUAUACGGCUCUGUCCUAAUUAUUGCCACCAUAAUUAGAAUUUUGAGCAUUAUUCGCUUAUCAUAAGGUCAAAAUCGAAUGAAAAUAUUCAAUCAUCAUAAUUUCCGUGGCGUAUGUUCUUUUCAUUAGUUUAUUUUUUAGGUUAAUUUUAAAUACAAAUUUUGUGUGCAUGAUCUGUGAUUUGUUAAUAAUUAUAAUUUAUCCUUGUAAUUGUAUCGAACCUAAUUAAAAUUAUUAUUAAUAAGAGGAACAGGUUUUUCUUUCAAUGAUUAAUUAAUUAUCUUAUGGCACUGAUUUCAAAUUUUAUCUAUUGAAAUUAAAGCGUUUCAUAAUCACAUAUUUUUCAAUAUUCGUCUUCAAAUAUUAUUUCAAAACACCAUAAAUUAAUUUUAUCUUACCCUUAAAAUACUAUUGCCAGAAUCAUUCGAUUUAACAUAAAAUAAUCGUAAAAAUGAGUUAUCUAUAACAUGCGCGGUUCAGACACAAUUUUACUGUUUUAUUUGUAUGAAAAAUACAGGACAGUGCGUACGCUCUAUCUACAUACCGAUUACGCAUAUACCUUAAAAUAAAAAGAGAGAGAUAGAGAAAACAUUUACACCCUAAAUAAUUGAACAAUAAUAAUAAUAUAAGUGACGUUCGAUUCUGCAAGCCGUGCCUAUAUUGUGUUAUAGAAUAGAAAAUAAUGAACAGUAAUUAAUAUUGUAAUCACAUGUUGUUAUAAUUGCAGUAAAUAUAUUUAUUUUGAACCCUUGAA